GCCACCUUCUCAUUCACGCGAAUGAAUAACAGAUGACUGACUGCCUGGGCUAGAAUCCGAUGAGUGGGCUCCCUGUGCGCACGAAUAUACAUAAGCCCACUACUGUGAUCGCUGCUGCCGCUGCUUGCAUCAGGACGAGGAUCCGCAUCCGCCAAUAUGGAAGCCAUACUCGCAGCUCACGAGCAGCAGGAGAAGAAGGGGAAUCUCUCCAAGGCGAUCACGGACGUUCAACAACUAAUUGAUCUGCUGCAAUCCGCUCGCGAUGCCGUUGCUGAGAGCCCCGACAAGGCUGUGCUGCACCUGGCCAAGCUGUCGACGCCCGUCAAGCAGUCAUUCACGAGGAUGGAAGAUGACUUGAGAGAGGUCAACAGAGGCAUCAACCAGUACUCGAAGGCGCUCAAGGACAAAUUUAAGAGUGCUGCCUUGCCUACAGCCUCUAACGAUGUUCUGGCCAGUCAGCCGAAUCUCAUCAACCGCGCCAUUGCAAUGCAUCUGCUACGAGAGGGCAAGUUCGACGUGGCCAAGACCUUCGUGAGGGAAGUCAAGGAGAGGCCUCCUGCGAACAGAGCAGGAGGCGCACAGUCGGAUGACAUGGCGGGCAUGAGCUGGAUUGAGGAUUUGGAGGACACCGAUGAGAUGAUGCAGGACAGCAUGGAGGGCAGGUCAGAAGCGGAAAUGGAGCGUAGUGGGCUGCAGCAGAAGUUCUCGGAUAUGUAUCACAUCCUCGAUGCUCUACGGAACCAGCACAAUCUGGAGCCGGCCAUAGACUGGGCACACCACCACAGCCAAGAGCUAGAACACCGCGGAUCUAACCUCGAAUUUGAACUCAGCAGACUCAAGUUUGUUGAACUCUACCACUCGAAGACAGAUAGCAUGACAGACGACGAGCCAGACUACUUAGCAGGACCGGUCAGAGCACUGGAGUACGCCCGAAACGUGUUUCCCACCUUUGGCGAGCGCUACAGUCGUGAGACGUCCUCACUGAGCGCCUCCCUGGCCUUUAGUCCGAAUCUUCAGGACUCGCCAUACAAUGCCCUCUUCCACAAUCAGUCUGCUUUUGAAGAAGCUUCUACCUCUUUCACGCGCGAGUUCUGCGGCAUGCUUGGCCUCUCUUCGCAAUCACCACUCUACACUGCUGUCACAGCAGGUGGCAUUGCAUUGCCAGUCCUAGAGAAGUUCGAACGUGUUAUCACGCAGGCUCGAGGACAAUGGACAAGUGUAAACGAACUACCAGUUGAGACUCCUCUGCCGCCCGGCUUCGCAUUCCACAGUAUCUUCGUUUGUCCUGUCAGCAAAGAUCAGGCGACUGAUGCUAAUCCCCCUAUGAUGCUACCUUGCGGGCAUGUGCUUGCUAAGGAUAGCAUGGAUAUGCAUAGUAAGGGGAAGAGCAGGAUGAAGUGCCCCUACUGUCCCCAAGAAUGUCAUCCGAGGGAUGCAAAGAGGGUGUACAUCUAGAAGGCAGGAGAUCAUUUGGAGCAAGACAUAUCACGAAUAUUAUGAAGUUAUUUCUAUUGCAUGAUGACGAUGUUGAGCGCGGCUCAUCUUCAUUCAAGACUUGUGUGGGGUGAGAGCUACAUGUACAUGUAGCUGCGCUCAUGCAUGCUAGCAUGGUCAACGGUGUUACCAACAGGAAGAGUGCCGUGCUGCCACUCCACACAUCUCCACUUCCAGUAUCAAGCGUUACAUUGCUGCCUAUCUUCGUUGGCCCGACAGGCUCUGCAGUGAAAUGAGUAUGAUGAACAGCAUCCUCGAUCAAAACUUCGAAGCCCAGAGAGUAUAUCCAUUGCCGGUAUGUGGAAGACCGUGCGUAAUGGACCGAUUGUGCUGGAACUUGAAUCUCAGGCGAGUUAUGUGGCCGGUAUUGCAGCAGCGGUCAGACAAAGCAGGUAACACUUUGGAGGGUCAUCUCUUUGCAGCUGGAGCCAAGUCGACGAUUCGUGAAUCCAUGUUUUCUCGAGUCACUUGUCUCUGCGUAUAAUGACCCUCCCGCCAAAUCCGCUGAAAUCCAACACUGCGAUGAAACCCCGCAGUUGCAGAAGAACCAACUUGGCUACAACCUCAUUCUCCAUCGGCUUCUCAUAGAUAUAGCACGGCUGCGAUUCUGAAAACAGGAGCCUGGAAGAAGGUGCUACAGGCAUCGCUCGGACUCGCCACUGUCGGUAUGCUGCAUCUCCCGCUCAAUGUAGUCUUGCAGGAGGCUUGGUCCUAGUCAAUAUCUGCAAGCUUGCAGACCUCAAGCUCAGCAAGCCGAAGCGUCAUACAAGUCAGUCAACGCUGUGGCGGUUCCUACUCAUCUCGCCCGAUUGUGGCUGUGCGUGUUCCGUGCAAGUCAUUCUGCGACGAACGUUCAAAGUGUCCGUCCCCCGGAUUUAUUCAUGCUAUGAGGUACGAGCGUCGCAGAUGAUCGGCUCGCAAAGCGUGCAGGGGGUCAUCGUAGUCACACCCGGAGCAAUCCAUAUUGUAAGGUACCUAGGCAUUCGGAGACUCAUCCUCGAUGGACGACAUGGUUCUACCAGUCUUGUCCCAUGGGCUUGUUGGAGCUUGCCGUUAUUAGCUGCAACGUGACAUACCUGCAUGGAUUCACAUGGGGUACGAGUCGAAAGGGACAACCACCUAAGGGAUGCUAGGUCGUUGGUAUGCGUACGUGAUCCGGUCCCAUUGCGGCUUGCUUGCAGUAAGUUGCAAGACUCAGCAAGGGUCCGAAGUAGAUACUGUCUCACGUCUUAGCCAAGGUGUUCCGACCGACCAUCUUGCGCAGAAGCC